AUAUAAUCUGUCAUUUAGCAACAACUUCUUCUCCUUCUAAAUGGUAGAUUCCCAAAAAGACUACAUUUUCAUUCACCCCUUUAAUACUUCUUUUUCAUUUCUUUUUUUGCGCUUUGGUGCUUCGAAAAGUAAAGCUAUUUUUGACUCCUCUCACCCUCAUCCUUGGUUUCAUAAUCUUAGUUUGUCUGUUUCUCAGGUUCCAAUCAGUGCCUUUAAUUUUCAAAGUUGUGUAGCAACUCAUUGAUUCAGUUGUCUGAUUGUGGAAACAGCAUUGUUCUUUUUGCAUAAUGGAUGUGGAGUUUAGCAGUAUUUAGAAGUUAUAGUUUGGGGAACUGAAGGUGCAGAUAGAGGGGAGAGUUGGUCAAAGUCUGUGCGAGCAACGAUGGAGAAAGAUAAGGGUGAGAACUGGAGGGAGAUGGUGAGAACGAUGCUUCCUCCGGGGGUUCCCGUCCCAGCAGAGGGAGCUAAUCUGGAUUACUCGAUAGCUCUAGAGUACAAGGGUCCUCCGAUAUUAUAUGACCUUCCAAGGGUAGAGCCUAUUGAUGUGAACUCCGAUUCAAUUCCAACAGCAUCUGAAGCAGAACCUCUUUCAGAAUCCGGAAGACCAAUGGUCCACGAUGCUGCCCCGGUCAUUGAACCGAUCCCCUUGCCUGUCUCGUGUAUUGCUGGUGUCACCAGUCCACCCAGUCAAAGUCCAAGGCUGUCAAGAAGCUCAGAGUCCCAGGUGUCUGUUCUGCGGAGCCCCGGAUCUUCAUCAGGUUCUCCCUCAGCAUCACCUAGCUCUGCUCACAAUCCUCCAGAUGAUGCUCCAAAAAUGGUUGUCAAUGAAGGAAGGAGAGCUCCCGUGGUCACUUUCAAUACAGUUGAUAGAUCUGAGCAGAAAAUGGCGGAAUUGGAGAAUCGAGUUUUUCCCGAAUAUGUUGGAGUUUCGAAAGAAAAGAAGAAGAAAAAGAAAACGAAACUGUGUUGCAGGUGCGGAAAAGGAAAGUGGGAAACUAAGGAGUCCUGCUUGGUUUGUGAUGCAAAGUAUUGCAGCAAUUGUGUGCUUAGAGCAAUGGGCUCAAUGCCGGAGGGGAGAAAAUGUGUAACUUGUAUUGGUGAGCCCAUCGAUGAGUCCAAGCGUUCCAAACUGGGUAAACAUUCUAGGUUGUUGUCACGUUUGCUUAAUCCCUUGGAAGUUAAGCAAAUAAUGAAGGCAGAAAAAGAAUGUUCUGCUAAUCAGCUUAGGCCAGAGCAGCUGAUUGUAAAUGGGUACCCUUUGAAACCAGAAGAGAUGGCAGAACUAUUCGGAUGCCCUUUACCUCCCAGAAAGUUGAAGCCUGGUAGAUAUUGGUAUGACAAAGAAUCUGGCCUUUGGGGAAAGGAGGGAGAAAAACCUGACAGAAUUGUGAGUUCAAACCUGAGUUUCACUGGGAAGCUUAGUCCUCACGCAAGCAAUGGAAACACUCAGGUCUACAUGAAUGGCCGGGAGAUAACAAAACUUGAAUUCAGAGUAUUGACGCUUGCAAAUGUGCAAUGUCCCCGUGACACUCACUUUUGGGUAUAUGAUGAUGGCCGUUAUGAGGAAGAAGGACAGAAUAAUAUCAGAGGAAAUAUAUGGGAAAAGGCUUCAACACGGUUCCUUUGUUCCUUGCUCUCCCUGCCUGUACCCAAUGGUCAGCCCCAUGGUCAAAGGGAUGAACCAAGCAACUAUACAUCUGUUCCAAAUUAUCUGGAGCAGAAAAGACUUCAGAAGCUACUUUUACUCGGACUGGAAGGCUCUGGAACCAGCACCAUAUUCAAACAGGCUAAAUAUUUGUAUGGAAACAAGUUCACUGCUGAAGAACUGCAAGAUAUUAAGCUUAUGAUUCAAAGCAACAUGUACAAGUAUCUAAGCAUUCUCCUUGAUGGACGGGAGCGAUUUGAAGAGGAGGCCUUGUCAAAACUAAAAGAAGGUGAAGUUGACUCUGGUGAUGGUGAAUGUAAACAAUGUGUCUAUUCUCUAAACCCAAGGCUGAGGCAUUUUUCUGACUGGCUGUUAGAUAUCAUAGCCACUGGAGAUUUAGAUGCUUUUUUUCCCGCAGCGACUCGUGAAUAUGCUCCCUUAGUUGAAGAGGUGUGGAAGGAUCCAGCUAUACAGGAAACAUAUAAGAGAAAAGAUGAGCUUCCCUUCCUUCCAGAUGUAACGGACUACUUCUUAAGCAAGGCUGUUGAGGUAUCAAGCAAUGAGUAUGAACCUACCGAGCGUGACAUACUCUAUACUGAAGGGGUUACACAGGGAAAUGGUUUGGCCUUCAUGGAAUUCUCCUUGGAUGACCGUAGCCCGAUGUCUGAAACCUAUGCAGACAACAUGGAAUCUCUUCCACCGCCUCUGACUAGGUACCAACUUAUAAGGGUAAAUGCCAAGGGGAUGAACGAAGGGUGCAAAUGGGUAGAGAUGUUUGAAGAUGUACGUGUAGUUAUCUUCUGUGUUGCUCUGAGUGAUUAUGAUCAGAUGUGUAUCGCCCCGGAUAACAGCGGCAGUGAAGUGCUACUCCAAAACAAGAUGAUGCAAAGCAAGGAACUAUUCGAAGCAAUGAUACGCAACCCUUGUUUCAAAGACACGCCUUUCGUUUUGAUCUUGAACAAGUACGAUCUGUUCGAGGAGAAGAUGAACCGAGUGCCUUUGGGCACUUGCGAGUGGUUUAGUGAUUUCAGUCCCGUGCGGCCCCACAACAACAGCCAAGCGCUAGCACAGCAAGCCUACUACUAUGUUGCGAUGAAGUUCAAAGACGCGUAUGCUUCCCUCACAGAUCGGAAGCUGUUUGUUUGGCAAUCGCGGGCAAGAGACAGAGUGACUAUUGACGAGGCAUUCAAGUAUAUAAGGGAGGUAGUGAAGUGGGACGAUGAGAAGGAUGAGACCUAUUAUGUUGGAGCCGAGGAUUCCUUUUACAGCACGACCGAUGUUAGCUCAUCUCCAUUUAUCCGGCAAGAGUGAAAUCAUGGGGGGGUGUACUUUGUAGAUAGGGUGGAGGGAGGGAUUGAAAAUUCUUUUCACAACAGAAUGUAGCGAGCGAUGUUGAAGAUUGUGGUGGUUAGGUUAAGCCAAUGUUUGGUGCCCGGAGCUUUUUAUUCUAUUCUCCAUUUUUCAUUUGUUAUAACUUGUAAGAGUACCAGAAAGAUUUGUUGGUCACAUUUAUGUGUAUUUUUGCGAGAUAUGCAGCCAUGCAGGAUACUAUAUGUAUGUAACCAUUUUGAUACUUAAACCAUACCAGAGAUGAGGAUGUUUUGAUGCUUCU